UAGAUAGAAUGAUAUUUUGAGUGUUAUUGUGAUAGUGAUCAUUGUGUGUGAAUAAUUGUUUAUUGGGAAAUCUUUAUAUUAGUCUUAGUCCAGCUUAAUAAAUUAAAAUCGCCAGGUAAAUGCCAUUAUGUUAUACCGGUAAUACCUAUUAUUGUAGGUAAAGUUUAUCGUUUUAUAACAAUAUUCUGUAUUUUUACAGAGGGUUCCCAUUAUUGAUAGAUUACCUUACAAGUUAGUUAACAAUGUCACCACCAACACGAAGUACGAGUAAUAUAUGGAAUUAUUUUGAACCAAAAAUAGAGGACCAUGAAAAGGCUCAUUGUAAAAUAUGCCAUAAAAGCUACUCUCGCAAGGGCCGAACCACCUUAUCUUUAAAAAAUCAUUUAAAAUCAAUGCACCCAGAAGAAUUUUCCAUAUUUGAGAGCAUGAGUAAAGAGAACCAAUUACAGAAGACACAAUCUGAUGCAGAUAAAGUUACCACCCCUCUGCAAGAAGCAAAGAAACAACUCUCGUUAGAAGAAAUGAUUCUUAAAUAAAAGAAGUUGGACAUUCAUAAUUCAAAUUCGAAAAAAAAUGAUAAACUCAUUGGAGAAAUGAUUGCACUUCAAAAUUUACCGUUUAACUUUGUUGAAGGGCUGGGUUUUCGCAGGUUGAUACAAGAAUUAGCACCAAGAUAUAAUUUUAGGGGACGCAAUUUUUUUACUGAUUUUGUAUGCAAGGAAUUAUAUGGCAAAGUUGCUCAAAAAGUUAAAGAAUUAAUCGAAAAAUAUGAUUACAUGUCGUUUACGUCUGACAUUUGGUCGGAUCCAAGCUCAAAUGCUUCUUUGCUUAGCUUGACUUGCCAUGGGAUGGCAGAAAACUUUGAUAGAUCAUCGAUUAUAUUGAAAUGCGAGACAUUCGACGGCCGUCACACUGGUGACAUAAUUUCCGAAAAAUUUAACACGAUGCUUUCUGAAUGGAAUAUUAAAAAAGAACAAGUGCAUUGCUUAAUCAGAGAUGAAGGAUCUAAUAUGAAACGAGCCGUGCGAUUAGCAGCAUUGAAUGACAUAGAUUGUACUGUUCACAAAAUUCAACUUGCUAUCCGCAGUUGUUUAGGUUUACAAGAAAACAUAAAAAUACUCAAACAAAAAUGUAAGAAAAUUUCGACUCAUUUCAAUCAUUCUACCAUUGAUCAGAAUCAACUGCAAGAAAUUCAGGACAGACUGAAUCAACCUCAUCUCAGAGUAUUCCAAGAUUGUGUAACGCGAUGAAACAGUACAUUUUACAUGUUGGGGCGUUUUUCAAAGACAAAGGAUGCCCUAAGGUCUUUACAUCAAUGAUAAUGAGAUUAAUCCUAUUUUGCCAGAAGAAUGGAAAAUCAUUGAAAGUUUAAUUCAAUUACUGAGACCUUUUGAGGAAGCCACACGAGAACUAAGCAGCUCUCACGCCCUUAUUUCAUCUGUGAUUCCAAUAAUUCAAAUGCUUGAAAAAAAAUUGAUGACUAUUUAACAAGAUCACAAGAGUUUGAUCCGAUUCGACAGGCCAUCACGACUCUGAGAAAUGAACUUUCAAUAAAGUUUUCCAGCUUGGGAGAGAACAAUUUAUAUAUCAGCGCCACCUACUUAGAUCCUCGCUAUAAGCACACAUUUUUUACACCGGUGACCGAGGAAAAGAUUAAAGACGACAUUUUGAGGAUGACAAAUACUGAGAAUAACGUUUUCGGUUUUCUUACUGCCAAUGCCGAAGGGACUAAAAGAAUGAGAAUGACUGAUUCCACGGAAAAGAAUAUGGAGCAACUAGGACCAGG